GUAGUGUUGUAAAAAAACUGCUUGUAUGUUAAAUUACGUCAUUUUUGCGUCAACGGCAUGAAAAGUACGGUCCCUGCACAUAAUCGUUGAUUUAUGCGUAUCUUUCUAUGAAAGUCCACUGGACCACGAACUCCGCGAAAAGACCCAGGAACUAAUAUCCGUGCUCAUCACACAAAUAAAUGCCUUUACCAGGAUUUGAACCCGGGAUCAUCGGCUUCAUAGACAGGGUCACCACCCACUAGGCCAGAACGAUCGUCAAAUUUACGGAGUCAGAAAACAAAAUUAAUGCAAUUAAUGAUUAAACGAUCUAAUUUGUCCAAGAGCUCCUCACUUAAGUCCGGAUGUCACAGCACCAUUGUCGAUUAUUGGUAGGAUUAAAGUUUGUACUAGUAAUAUUUUGGUUUGAGUAGGUAAAAAGUGUUUAAGUCUAUUGAGAGCAUGAAGAGAACCAGUAACUUUGCGGCUUAUGUCAGCUACCUUGUCCUCCAGCUCAGGGUACUAACUAGUUGGCUGUAAGGAAUACGCGUGCCGUUAAUGUAUACAGGAGGUAUAAAUUCGACAUUAAGGAGUUGUCAGGCGCUUUCGUCGCUCUCCUGAACCAACCAGGCCUAGGCCCACAUACAAAUAACUCAUGGUCACGCUAAUUAGAAAGAGAUGCAAUGGCCCACUUUGACUUUUCAUGUGGACACACUUUUUUUGGCCAAUGUACACCAUCCGGAUUAUUUUCUAGAUCCGAGACUUACUCAUGCCCCGAAGUUAAGUUCAAUAAAAACACGGUGUAUAUUUUAGAAUGAGCUAAGAAUUAUAUGUAAUUUUUACGAGCUUACCACUCAUUCAGUUCAUGCGAACAAUACUUAAUAAGGCAUCCAAUAAUUAGAGUAGCUGGACCGGCCGGACAUUAUCAUGGCUGUAUAUUAUUAGGUGCCGUCCGUCAACGUCAACCGUCAGUAUAUCUUAUCUUAUCUGUGACCAGUUGACCACUUUCUUUCAAAAGUGAGGUUAUGUUACCUACUUACAUAGGUCACCUAGAUUUUAAUUUAAUGAAAGUAGGAAAUUUAGUGUAAUUUCUACAUUAAUAAAUCUGUAGGUAAUAAGAUAUACGUUCUUUCGUGAUGCCUUCUUUUUCAAGACUUCAAAAAAUAGCUAUUAUCAGCUUGGGCGCCGUUGGAGGCGGCCUAGCGUAUUAUCAGUUAAAUAGUAAACAGGAGAGAAAAUACGGCGUGCAUAAUUCGUGGACUACAAAUUAUUCUCCUAGUGUGAAAUGGGAUUCUAACUGGGAUCACCGGGAUCCAAAAGCUAUUGUCAAGCCUCCAAAGGGAAGUAAACCAGAAGAAGACAACAAAUAUAAUGAGGAACUGGAGAAGGCUAAGAGCAAAGCUGUACGGCACAUAUUUAUGAUCAGACAUGGCCAGUAUUUUGUUGACGGAGCCACUGAUAAAGAGAGGGUACUUACAGAAUUAGGCAGGAAACAAGCAGACUUGACUGGGCAACGGUUAGCAUGCCUAGACAUAAAAUGGGACUUACUAGUUCGUUCUACAAUGACACGGGCACAGGAGACAGCCACACUCAUUCAGAAACAUCUUCCCGCUGACCUGGAGGUGAUCAACUGCUCCUUGAUUGAAGAGGGGGCUCCAAUACCUCCGGAACCCCCAGUUGGCCAUUGGAGGCCUGAGCCAAAACAGUUCUUCCAGGACGGCGCCCGGAUAGAGGCGGGCUUCCGCCGCUACUUCUACCGCGCGCCACCCGAGCAGGUGCGGGAUUCGUACACCCUCCUCGUGUGCCACGCCAACGUCAUACGAUACUUUGUGUGCAAAGCCCUCCAAUUUCCGCCCGAAGCGUGGCUCCGGAUAUCAUUGAACCACGGCUCCAUCACGUGGGUGUCCAUCAUGCCCAACGGGAACGUGGUGCUGCGAUCGCUCAGCGACACGGGCUUCAUGGAGCCCAAUCAUGUCACCAGCCGAAAUUCAUUCUUGCGAGACGCGAAGAAGAAUACCUUAGAAGACUAGUUAAAAGGCAACUCGAAAUACGUCUGAACAUGCUUCAAAUCAUGGCCUAAUGAGUGUGGGUCAGGCACGUGCAGGAAAACAAGUUGCCUCUUCAGUCCUGAAAGUUGAGGUUAUCGUGCGUCUCGCUCGCACCAAUACAGGUACGGAGAAGUACGAGCGAAAUGCACGAUAGGUAAUGGAGCGUAAUUUGUGGUUGUUACUUAGCCCUCAGCACACGGCGCGUAAGCGUAAUUAACAGACGCGUAAGAGUAUCGUAAAAACGUUACGAGUACGAGGCGCGUAGAGUUCUGGGCACCAAGCGUCGCGUAAGUUUAAUCGUGUUAUAAGUGAAAUCCUAUUAGUUGAAAUCAUGACGUCACUUGCGUCAGAUGUCUUCGGCGGAUGUAUCGGUCUUACUUUCUCGUCAGAUAAAGGUUUUUUAUUGUAUGAUUAUGUCAGAAGUCUAGUUUUUUACAUCUGUACUACGCCUACGCCUGACGAGAUAAAUCUCAUAAGCUACGCUACGACGACGCUUCGUGUGCGGACUUAUCUAAACUUGUACGUGCUCGUAGAGCUCUCGUUCUACUCGCGUAUUACGAUACGCUUACGCGCCGUGUGCUGAGCACCAUAUAUUGCCCGUUAUGUUACCCGUCCCGACUUUUUUGCCAAUAUUGUGGUCAUUUUUUGACCGAUUCUCUUAAUUUUUGAGGGUUGAAAAAAUAAGUUAAAACCUAAGUAAAUCUGUGUAUGGCUCACAAAUUUAUGAUUUGUACCGUUUUACGGAAUGGCAUUUUUACACCUGAAUGUAAUAUUUUCGAGAAAUGUACUAUUAGCUUGUCCAUUUGUUAAACCCUUUCACCGUCAUAUAUCUUUAAAAAAAACUUCGCAAAUCUUCUUGUUCCUAGAGAUACAGAUCAAAUAGAGACUACGUAAGUAAGGACGGUUUCAGAGCGUUUUAUACGAGCGUACGCGUAUGCGCGUGUAAGCUCGUAUAGACCAAAUGUAGGAAAAAGUUACGCGCGCGUAAGCUCGUAAAAACUAAAUGUGGGGAAAUGUAACGCGCAUGUUAGUUCCUACCGCUGAAACGACCGUAUACGCGCAGAAAAAUACGCUAGUAGUAAUUGACGGUGAAAGGGAUUAUCGUUAUUGAAUGUCACAUAAGAGAUUUAACAUAAUGCAAUAUCUACCGUAAAUCGUUGGUUUAAGUAUACCUAUCAGUUUCUUUUAUAUCGAUUCUGUGCUUAUGUCGCAGCCAUCUGGUUUAGUUAGCCAGCUAAUUAGUCGCCUAGGCCGAUAGAAAAUCACUCAACUGUUAACAACUUGUCGUAUUGAAAGUCGGCUCUUUGAAAGCGACUGGACCAUUCAGCCGAGUUAUUUAAAUGUAACUAAAAAAAUUUAAAGAAAUGAAAUAACAUGAGAUAAAAUAGAAAAUAAAUUUACAAUAAAAUACUUACCUAACCUAACCGAACAUCAAAUUCAUCAAAGUCUUGGCUGUUCUUCAUCCAACUAAUUAGCCGGCUAAUUUAACCAGUUGGCUGCGACACUUACAUUUUCAUAAUAGCUAUAGCCUAAAGCUAAAGUAAAUCGGUACUAAUCUGCCAGUUAAAUUCAUCAAAGUUGGCUUUAAAUUGAUUUCAGUACAAAGUUUAAACACUGCCAAUUUCACACCAGUUAUAUGUACCUAAUAUGUGUGUAAAUACGUAACUCAGUAGUAAAAAGUAAAACAUACCUAGUCAAUAAGUAAUGCAAAUGUUUGAUUUUUCGUUAAUAUUCAGUUGACCAAUAAGCACUAAUGUUAUUGACGUUUAAAGGCUUUCAAUAUCUUUCAUUGACGCGCUUUGUUUUAAAUUAAAAAUCUAUAUUUUGACUGACCGACGCGAAAUAUAUAGACCUCUACAAACGUCAUCUAUAAUCACAUGCGAUUAGCAAUACAUUGCGGCAUUUGAUCGAUGGAUGGAAUUCGUUGCUCCUAUCUAGCCAGCAAUUAAGUGGGUCCACACAAAACAAGCCGCCUCGGGAGGAAAUUGCCGCGCGAAGCGGCUCGGUCGGUGUAGACGUGCUUCGCCCGAGCCAAUGCGGCCGAGGCACGUCUACACAGACCGAGCUGCUCCACGCGGCGAUUUCCUGGCGAGGCGGUUUGUUCCGUGUGGACCCGUCUAUUAUCUAAAAUCGCAUGCCAUUUGUUGCAACAUGUAUAUAGAUACACAUAGAUCGUGUCAAUCAUGAGGCGCGAAGUCAUUCAACAAAUAUAACCUUUAAUAGCAUAACAAUACAAGCCAAGGUACGAGUCCUCGUGACUGACAGGAUCUAUAGAAACCUUAUGUUCAAUUGGAUGUGCCGAUUUGUUACAGGCAGUUUGUUCUAUUUUGGUAAAUAAACGGUAAUCAACAGUUUACGACUAAUCAAUGAUAUAAUACCACAGAUACAAAAAUAUAGUUUUUCAUCUAUGGAUCAUCUUUAGAGUUAGACCAAGAGAACUUUGCAGCGAUUUUGAUAGUACAGACUGUGUGUUAUUUAUGCGUCAUAAUUAAAACUUGCACAGUACGCUGCAGAGUUAUCUUGGUCCAACUCUAGCUCGAAGGUCGAACUAUCUAGUUUUGUUUGCAUUAUUUUAAAUAAAUGCCCGAUAGAACAGAAUUCUGAUAUUCUUUUUUAUUAUAUGAACAAAACAAACCCAAGUUGUAAUUUAGCCGGAAUACCUCAAUGCGAAGUGUAGGUUAGCUGUAAGUACCUAUUGUAUGAAUCGUGUAGUGUAAAUAUUUUGAUAAUUUAAUAAAAAAUAAUGAAAUAUCA